AUGUGGCUGCUGGAUUGCUUUGAACGUGAAGAUGUUGCUUGCUGGAUGGUGCAGCUGCUGCAUGUGCCAUCUCUUUUCUUUCCGUGGACCUUUCCCUUGGACAUAGCUGCUGCCAUGCCUUUCACAGAAACCGCACAUAAUCUUGCAUUGCUUUUUGAACAUUUGUUGAAUUGUUCGGAAGACAAGAAACCAUCAUUUGAGGUACAACAGUUGCAUACUCCAAUCCAACCAAACAAAUUUGAUUGUGGAGUAAUUGUUUUGAAAAUUAUGGAGUUGUGGGAUGGCAUUGACAAAUAUGAAAGAAACACAAUGCCCAGUUACACAACUGAAGAACUACAACAAUUUAGGGAGCAAUAUGUUUGUCAAUGGAUUUUGGAUGUGGACAACAUGCGGAGGAAUCAAGUGUUGGAAGAUUUAGGCAUUUUGUAG